AUGACCUCUGUCCGUAGAGACAAGUACCGCUACUUCGCCUGCCUCCUGAGGGACCGGUUCGAUAAGAACAAGAAUGUGAACGAUAUGGUGAAAGCCACCGAGCUGCUGAAGGCCGGCCAGGAAGAGUUCUGGGCCAGCCAGCACCCGCAGCCGUACGUCUUCGCCGACUCCCCCGGGGGCGUUGCCUACGAGCGAUACGAGAUGUACAAGCUUCCUGAAUGGGCCUUGGAUUUCUGGCACCCUUCUGAGAAGGCAAUGUAUCCUGAUUACUUUGCCAAACGAGAGCAGUGGAAGAAGCUGCAGCGGGAAAGCUGGGAAAGAGAGGUUAAGCAGUUACAAGAAGAAACUCCAGCUGAUGGUCCAAGAACUGAAGCUUUGCCUCCAGCUCGUAAGGAGGGGCAUCUGCCCCCCAUGUGGUGGCACCAUGUCACUCGACCUCGUGAGCAGCCCAUGUGA